CUGCUUGCCACGUGACCUGCCAGCACAGGGAGGAACCCGCCGCCUGUUAGAUUUUAAAGCUGCUUGAAGUCUAUGCUUGAAGUUGUGUCUGUUCUGUGCUUGCGUGGCUACACAUAUCGAGAAGCAAACCGGCGUGGAGCAUAAGGGGUAACGUGUUCAAUUUCCAAGCUUUGAAAUGCCUCGCCGAAAGCCCACGGAGUCUCGGGCUCCACAGAAGGCGGCAUCUGCCAAGAGGAAAAAAGACGACCAGGAAAGUACUACAAGCUCAGCUCCUCCCAUCAAGAAAGUGAAAGCGGAAUUGUCUGUGGAACGCCGCAGUAGCCCUGGAAGCGUCUACACCGUUGGCCAAGGGGAUGUCGGCCAGCUCGGUUUGGGGCCUGAUGUCAUGGAGUUGGCACGGCCCGCUCUGGUCGCCGACUUGAAGGACGUGGUGGACGUCGUGGCCGGUGGCAUGCACACCCUGUGCCUCACAGCCGACGGCAAGGUGUGGUCGUUCGGGUGCAACGAUGAGGGCGCCCUAGGACGCCAGACAUCAAGCCUGGAUGGCACCGAGACGACACCAGGAACCGUGGCACUCCCAGAGCCAGUUGCGCAACUGACAGCAGGCGACUCCCACUCGGCCGCGCUCACUGUCUCUGGGAAAGUCUACCUGUGGGGCAACUUCAGAGAUUCCCGAGGACAGAUGGGGCUUGUCACUGAGGGCAAGGCCGAACAGGAGCCAAAGCUCGUCGUCUCCAACAUUGUGCAGAUUGCCUCCGGCAGCGAUCACGUGGUGAUGCUGACGGCUAAGGGUGAUGUGCUGACUAUGGGAUGCGGAGAGCAGGGACAGCUGGGACGAGUGCCUGUGCGGACCUCCUCGCGCAGAGCAUGCACGCCUUCACUAGAGCUGCUCACGCCCACCAAGGUCUCCAUACCGAAACCCAGCGGUUGCAAGACACAAGCCUUCGACAGGAUAUGGGCCGGAGCAUAUGCUACAUAUGCACGGCUGCGUGAAACUGGCAAGCUGUACGGGUUCGGUCUAAACAACUACCACCAGUUGGGCGUGCAGGCACACAGGUCGAACGAGGGUGGCCAAAUUAUUUCUGUGCCUCGACCACUGACCUCCUGUCAAGAGCAUAGGUGGCAACUGGUCAGCGGAGGCCAGCACCACACGCUCCUCUUGAGUGAGGAAGGCUCUGUCUUCACCCUCGGCCGCAAGGACUACGGCCGGCUUGGACUCGGGGCCUCCAUGCCUGCCGGUAAUGAAGACCAGGGCACCCCUGCCCCAGUGCCUGGCCUCUCUGGCUGCGUGGAGGUCUCGUGUGGAGAGGCAGUUUCAUUUGCCAUUGAUGGCGAAGGACGCUUGCACUCCUGGGGCUUUGGCACAAAUGGCCAACUGGGCCAUGGAGGCGACGACGAUUUGUUUGAGCCGAAGGUUGUCGCAGGGAAGCUCGCAGGAAAAAAGACGCUGGUCGUCUCCGGAGGUGGCCAACAUGCUGUCAUCCUCGCCACAUGAUACACGCAGUUUCCUAAAUGUUUUUCUUCUUUCAUCAUUGCAUUGUUUUGUUGAGUCUCUAAGGUGACAUGACACCACAUUGACAUUGUUUUUUGUUUUUUUAUACGGUACACAGCGCAACAUUGAUAGUUUUAAACAUUUUAAAGUUAUUUUUAUUGCAUAAAUUGUUAAUGCUUGUGCUUUUAGGAUGGUGGUGACAUUUUAAUAAAUCUGUUUGAUUACCAUU